AAAUCAAUUUUUGGUGUAAGUAAAAUAUCAAAAGCGAGAGCGGCGUUGACCUUGUCAAUCAAACACGCCUCGAGGCUGAAUCUAUCACGGACAGUACUUCCUGUAACAAAAAUGUCCGUUCUGUUUUAUCAUAUACGGUGUUGUUUCAAGAAUAAGAUGACCAGGAAGGCUUUACGGACUGUCACCCUGUUUGUAUUCAUGUGCUGUACAUACAGUGUUUAUAAGUUACCAAGUCUUUACUGGUCCUUGAAAUCCAGUCAGCAUCAAUCCGUCAUCGUCAAAGAAAAUUCUGUAAUGAAAGAUCGUUUAGAGGUAGACCACCGCCAAGUUAAUGACAUUUCUAAAUCUCAAAACAAUGAUAUUAGAAUUGAAAACAAUUUUGAACAUAAUCUAAACGUGUCGACAGCAAACAGUAUUAACACUGUCAACGGCAGCCGUGCAACGAAUGAAGGGAACAAAACGGACAACGGUACAAAUAUAGAAUAUGACAAAUUACUCAAAGAAAUCGAUAAUGGUAUUGAAGCCGAUAUCAAAUAUAAUACACUGGAAGAGGAUAUAACCAUUGGUGAAUUUGUUUUCGAAAAUGAAGAUAUUGAAUUUAACAUAAAUGAUAUAGAUAACUUUCGGAAAAAGUCUGAAAAAUUGUUUGAAACAUUUCCAAACCACCAAAAUUCCACAAAAUAUUUGAUUUACUUUUGUGAAGGAAAGUGUGGGGGAUUGGCGGACCGAUUAAAAGGUAUCACAAUGGUAUACAUGAUGUCUCUCCUCACACAAAGACGUUUUGCUAUCUCUAUGGAUACACCAUGUGAAAUUGAACAUUUUCUUCAACCAAAUCUUUUGGACUGGUCAUUCCCAGACAGGGAAAGUCUGGCUGGGAAGACGGUACAGAUUAUAGAUUGUUUUGAACGACAUGAUGCCUAUGAGAUAGAUCUGCAGAGAUAUGAUCCUGACCCUAUCAGUAUGCUGAAAGCUGAAGUCGUAUUAAUGAAAGCUAACCAAGACUGGACAAGGAUUUUCAGGAAAUUGAGCGUUUCACCAAAACGAUUUCCGCAGCUUUAUCAGUAUCAUUCAAGUGAGCUUCUAAGAACUAUCUACAUCGGAUUGUUUAAACCUUCAAGCGAACUUUCACAUUCAGUGAAUGAGUUUUUUAAGCAGAAAGUAGGUGAUAAGAAAUUAGCGUGUCUUCAUGCCCGCAUGGGCGAAGCGCUUUAUCAACGGUACACAUACCGUGAAAUAAUGAUCCCUCUGCAGUUUUUAAAGCGCUUCGAUAACCGAGAUGAUUUUAAAAUAAUGAUAGCUACAGAUACGGAAAAUGUAAAGACUAUUGCUAAUCACAUGUAUAAGAAUUUUGUUGAUACCAGUGGACCAAUCCUACAUAUCGACUACAUGCGGAAUGGAAGCAUGGCUCAAGAUCUCAAAUGUGCCGGUUUCAUGAGAAGUGUGGUCGAUCACGUGGUUUUACAAAGGUGUGAUAAAUUAGUUCUUACCGGAAGUGGAUUUGGCGUGACGGCAGCAUCAAUACGUCAUACAUCACGUGGGUUAUAUGUUUAUAUGAGAGGUGAAGCUGUUAUGCCAACUCGGAGGGAGCUUGUACGGGAAACAUUCCAAUGGAGGUGCCUUUCGCCAUCUUUUGACUCAAAAUUUUACAGCAAUAUUUGUGAUAGUUAAUUGUAAUCUAUUAAAGAUGUACAAUGUACACAUUUAAUUAUUUGAAGAUUGUGAUACUAUAUAUGUCAAUAUAUUAUUAUGUUUCUGUUACCGGUACUAUUGUCUUAAUUCUUAUUUUAUGAUUAUUUAUUAUUGUCUUUAUCUUUUUAACUCACCUAUUAACCAGGGUGGAAGAAGUUGGUUGACUUUAAGAUCUAUAUGCAUGCUAACCUCGUAAUAUUUUCACGUAUCAUUACUUUUAGUAUGGAACAACUUUACUCGAGAGUUGGUAUGAACUAUUGAACUAGUAAUGUCAGGAUCUCUAGCGGUGUAGGUUCAACCACGUCAUGGGCUUGUCGUUGUUUCCUUGUGCAAGAAACUCUACACUGCUUGCUCAGUACUGGUUAGUUCCAGGAACGGAUUCGAGAGUGU